GAAGAAUUUUUUCAUCGUAAAUCGUAAAAAUGAUGAUCAGUGAUGGAAGAAAAUCUCUCUGUGCCUGUAAUAAUGAUGAUCGUGGAAUACAGUGGUGUCGUCGGAUUGUCGCAUUCGCAGUGAUAUUGUUCGUGAUAAAUUUGCCAAAAAAUAUCAACAGCCAAAAUCCACCGCCGGUCGGAAUAUGCGCAAUCGACGGUUGCAACUGCACCGUCGUUGUGCGAAAAUGGAUUAACGUCAAAUGCGUGUUCAACAGCGACAAGGAUGUGGAACUGGUGGAAGGUUCAGUACCGGAGGAAGCGAUGGAAGUGGAAAUAUCUCAGUGUCGAGAGCUUAAGAUCCAAGCAGGUGCGUUUAUGGGAGGUGUUCAACUACGGAGAGUCCACGUCUCGGGGGUUUACAACGUGGUAGCGAGAAGCCAGGCGUUCAAUAAUUUGACUGCCCCGAACACUCUCUUCGAGGUAUCGGAGUGCGACACGGUACUGCUGGAGAGUCACGCGUUCAAAAACUCGUUGAAACCACUGAGCGUCUCCAUAGCUCGUUGCAAAACCGUCAAGAUAAAACCAAACGUCUUCGUAUGGCUGCUGAAGAUGACCAUCAAAGAUGUCCUCGACUUAAAGCUGUCCAACAACGCCUUCAAGUUCGACACGCAUCAGCACGGACGUCAUGGACCAGCGACUCAGAUAUUGUUCCAGAGUGUAAAAAUAAACGAGUUACCAAUGAUGGCCUUUCCGUCGACAGUCAUGGAAGUGCGCAUGGACAAUCUCGAGACCUCGGUGAUUCGCAAGGACGCGUUUAGCGCUACGAACAUACUGAAAGUGGCCAUAAGCAACGCGACUAUCGGGACAAUCGAGUCGGGUGCUUUUAGCGGCCACACUCUGAUCACCAAUCUGGAAUUCGUCGACGUGAGCGUUGCGCAAAUAAAGACCGGAGCGCUACGGGCACCAGUCACAAAUUUCACAAUUCAAUACUCAAGAGUGAAUGACAUGGAGACAGGUGCCAUAAACGUAGUGGCGGCAACGGUGACUCUGAACAACAACGAGUUUAAGGAAAUCGCGCAGAGAGCGAUAUCGUUGAACGAUUGGAACCACAUAGCGAUCCACCAGAACCUAUUCCGGAGUAUUCAGAAGGAGUCGAUAUCGGUGAAGAUGUCCGAGAACGUUAGAACGGAGGCUGAGUUCCUGUUCACCGAGAACCACAUAGUGACAGCAGAACCAGGUUCCUUGGGUUUUGCGGCACAGACACAAAGUCUUAGCCGAGCUACGAUAAGCGGUAACUACUUCGCAGAGCCGUGCAGUUGCAAUCUUGAAAAAUGGAUGAAAGAUCUGACCGGAACAAACGGUUCCGUGGUUACGGUGAUGGCCUCAAGUUACUGCGAGAUAGACGAGGGUCUAGGGCGGUGCUUUAAGGUGCCGCAAGGUCGGCUGCUGAUGAGCAACUUCACGAGCAUAAUAUGCGUGGCAAAUGCACACCACAUAAACUGCAAGGACCCUGCAGCAAAGCCUGAGCCAAGUGUAAGUCCGCCGAACGUAGGUCCGCACGGUUACCCAAAGCCGAAGGGUUACUUCGACGUUAAAAUGAGCGAUCCUAAGCAGCUUGAACGAGAGAAGCGGAUAAUAGUGAUAAUCUGCUCGGCAGCUGGUCUCUGCGUGUUGGCGGUGCUGGUGAUGUUCGGUAUGUUCUACGUCCGGCGUCGAGGCGUCUGUCCAAAGUUGACGUCGAGUCCUUUCUCCGGUUUGGCCUCCUGGAUGUCGCCGAGCAACGGUAUGGCCGCGGCGACAUCGGCGAGGUCGAUAUCCCGGAUGAGCGUUAACGAGUACGCGGGUCUGCAGCCGGAGGCGAGGGUCCUGGACGUUGAGACGGUGCCCGAGGACCAGGUCGAGGACGCCUAUGCCUACACGGAGAACAAGGCGACCCAAACACUGCCGGAAGAACUGACCGAGGAUUACCUAAGGGAGCUAAGGGAGCGGCUGAACGAUCCGGACAACUACAGCGAGGCCAGGGACAUGAUCGAGCACCUUUACGAUCUGAUCAAGGUCGAGGAGAGCUGCAACAACAACAACAACGACAACCGCGAGGCCCCGGUGGUUUACCAUGACCUUGUGGUCAGGCCCCGGGGUCGCGGCUCGGCCUUGAGGCCCUCGACGAGCGUCGGGACGCGAGUUCCGUCUCUGGACAAGCUUCUGCCGAGCCCCGUGGGACCUCGGUCCCAAAUCGUCGAGUACGCCGAGCCAAGGGACAGUAAAGUAAGCGACCAGAAUCACCUCUACGCCGAGCUUCUGGGCGACGAAACGGUCCCAAGUACGAGUCGACUGUCCCAGCCAGUCUUGGCCGGACUGGUUGGCCGGGCCCAGCAGCCCCUGCCGCCGGAAGUUGGUGGCGUUGGAAACGAGGGGCAGAAGACCUGCUCCAGGGACCCAGCCAAGAGCCAGACCCGGCCUUUGAGCUUCCUGAAGGCCCUCGGCGAGAGCAUUCUCGGCACCUCGUCGAAGAGCUCUCAGAAAAGGCCCGCAGCUCCGUUGCUCUGCGAAUACGCCGAACCAUCGGACGCGACGGCUCACCUUUACUCGGAACUAUCCGAGCCGAAUACUCACACGAAUUCGAGGCCAUCUAGUAAAAUGGCGAACAGACCGUUGCCAACGAAGCCUGGUGAUACGGAGACAACGCCGAUCACCAUUUCGUAAAACUUCCGUCAACCAUAAAUUAAUCUGUGAUAUACAUAUAUAUCGAUUGUUAUUAUUUAAUAUAUUAUUAUUAUAAACACGAAGAAGACUUUAAUAUUAUUACUAUUAGCGUAUUACGUAUUUCUAGGUAUAUAACGUAUCUCAUAUG